AUGAUUGAGAAAGAAGUUAUAGGCGUUGAACCUAUUACCUGCCAUGCAUGGAACAAGGACAGGACUCAACUAGCUUUAUCGCCGAAUAGUGAUGAGGUUAUCAUCUUCCGCGUUCACAACAUUCCUGAUCGAAAAUACGAAAAGCUUCACGUUCUAAAAGGUCAUGACCUCAAAGUAAAUUCCAUCGACUGGGCACCGAACUCCAACCGUAUUGUGACCUGCUCUGCGGAUCGGAAUGCGUACGUCUGGACUUUGGCUGAUGAUAAAAAAUGGAAACCAACGAAAGUGUUACUCCGAAUAAACAGAGCUGCGACCUGUGUUAAAUGGUCUCCCUUGGAAAACAAAUUCGCGGUUGGAAGCGGCGCGAGAACGAUAUCCGUUUGCUACUUCGAUAAGGACAACGAUUGGUGGGUAUCGCGACACAUCAAGAAGCCGAUCAAGUCGACUGUAACGUCCUUGUCAUGGCAUCCGAACAAUGUAUUGCUAGCCGCGGGAUCGAUGGAUUUCAAGGCAAGGAUAUUUUCUGCAUACAUUAAAGAAAUCGAAGAUAAGCCCGCCGCUACUCCUUGGGGAGCCAAAAUGCCCCUGGGGCAAUUGAUGGCGGAGUUUUCAAAUUCAUGUCUCGGUGGAGGUUGGGUCCAUUGUGUGGCAUUUUCACCCAGUGGAAAUCGGUUGUGCUGGGUCGGACACGACGCCUCGCUUUCGGUGGUCGACUCCGGGGUGGGGUCAGUGGUAAAAACUACUCGAACCGAAAACCUUCCAUUCCUCGCUUGCAUGUGGAUUUCGGAGAACGAAAUCGUUGCUGCGGGGCACGGAUGCUGUCCAAUAUUGUAUGGUGUUGGAAGUGACGGAACUCCGAGCUUUUGCGCCAAAAUGGACACCAGUCAAAAGAAAGAGACUUCAGGAACAUCGGCCAUGAGGAAAUUCCAGUCAUUGGACAAGCAAGCACGAUCCGAGUCAGCAGAUACAACUUUGCCAUCUGUGCAUCAAAACUCGAUUACGUCACUUUCUUACAUGGGAUCUAGUGGAACAAAAAGACAAAUCACUACCACUGGUGUUGAUGGCGCUAUAGGGAAUGUCAUUCAAGGAAAGGUGGAAGUCGUCGGGGUUACGCCGUUGGGGCGGGAUGUGGCGUCUUCAGGCGUGACGGUUUGCUUGCCCAAAAAUGCAUGCCAAAAUCAAGAGGAAUAUUUGAAAAAUUGA